UAUUAUAUAUGGGAGAAUUGUUACUGGUAAAUUACUUCAAAGUUUCUCAUCUGCUUCUAUAAUAUCAUAUUUUAAAAGAGUAUUGCACAUAUUUGUUAAUAUUUUAACAUUUCUCUUCUCUUGUUAUUUUUAUUAUAACCUCAUAUUAUUCAUCCUUAAAUCUAUUUAAAAUAUAUUAUUACUUAAACCCUAGACCAUAAUUCCAUGGAAAAUUCAAGGCUUGGCAUCAAAAGAGGCACAGCCACAUGUAACAUAUUAUUUCAGCCUCGUGCAUGUUUUGAAUGGCACGAACCAUACCCGCAACACAGCAGUGAGGUUCCGAUCUACGGGCACAUGAGGCCAGGGGGAAGUGCGUACUCUGUUCGUUCCGAUUACUCACUAGCGGACAUUGACUUCAUAUUUUUGUAUGAUACGGUAUAAUAUGAAAUGACGUGAUGGGUGGUUCCGAGUGAGGAUUCAGAUCGCAUCUUCUGUUGUUGUCCGGAGAAUUAUUGUCUAUUGAUCGUUGAUCAUGAUAUGAUAAAUUUUAACUUAGGCUUAGCAAGGGAUCUCCCAAUUGGGUGUAACGUCAAAAAAUUGUGCUCCAUAUCUAUAUCGUCACCCACCCACCCGCAGAUCGAAUCCCAUCUCCUCAGACAGUCCGCUCUUUCUGUUUUUGUGAUUUUUAAUUCGCGGCUGUGCUCGAGUAGGUGAUGCCAAUAUGACUUUAGCAUCCGGCCACCGAUUGUGUGCCGCCUUCUGGGAUACCCUUAUACCCUUAAUCAGCAAUCCUAGAUUGCCGUCGGGUUCCUCAACAUUCACAACCGGCCUCUUCCAGAAGAGAUUUCCGAUAUCGAACCAUCAACCCCGCUUUUUCACUUCAUCAUCCACAACAUCGGCUCGAUGGUAUCCCCGGUCAAAAUAUGUGGUAUCCCGGGGCUUUGCCGGGUUCUGCGUAUGGACAAACAUCUCCCCAACAGCGGCUUCAGAAACAACAUGUGCCGUUAGCACGGCGGACAGAAUAUUUUCCGGUGGGGCCCUCGACCGGCGGAAAAUAACACGAAUUGCGGGCUCAAGCUGGGCGCGGAGUCUACACUACGGUCAGAAAGCCUCCAAGCCGAAGGUUCCUGUAGAGGGAAAUAGUCCCUGGGCGCCGAAAAGGAAGGUGAACAAUGGAAAGGCCGGGUCCGGAGACCGGGAUUCCGGCAGAAGGAACCGAAGAAUCAGAAAUGGCCGGCUGGCAGAGGAGGCGGAGAAGAACACUAACAACAAUGCACCGGAUAAUACAGUCAAUCGACAUCUGCUUUCGAAGGAUGAGAUGCUCGCCGCUGCUACUGGCUUCUUUCAGCGGCUGAGAAUACGCACCAAAUGGCUGGCUAUACGACAGAUGAGGCCCUACAAUCUGGAUGAUAUCGGGGCGUUCUUUUCGUGGCUAUUCCUCGGCCACGUACUUUGGGUUGUGCUGGGUACUACGACGUUUGUUUCACUGACGAUAUUCCUAUGCAAUACAGUACUUGCGCAGGAGACGCUUGCUGGGGCUGUCGGAAACUAUCUUACCAGGGAAACGGGGGUCAAGGUUGUAUUCGAGUCUGCUAUUGUGCCCAGGUGGAAGGAUGGGUGCAUUUCGUUCAAGAACGUGUUUGUCGCUAGGAGGCCUGGUCACGGCAAGCAGGGAGACAAGAAUGUUCAAAAGGGCUCAUCAGUGACUGCUGCUGCCGCCGCCGCAGCGGCAGUUCACGCAGAUGAUAUCAAUGCUAAGGAUGCCCAACACCACCGCCAAGAGGAUGCGGAGGAGGAAGACACAAAUUACACACAGUUUGACGUAACAAUAGACACUGUCAACGUGACGCUCUCCUUCGCAAAAUGGAUGAAUGGAAAGGGCCUCCUAAAGGACGUUGAAAUCAAAGGUGUCAGAGGAGUGAUCGAUCGGACACAUGUUGUCUGGGAUGAUGUAGACCCCCGCGUUUUCAGGCACGAGCACCAGCCAGGGGACUUCGAAAUCGACUCCUUUAAACUCGAAGACCUGCUGGUAACAGUCCACCAGCCUGACAGCUUCCGUCCUUUCUCAGUAAGUAUCUUCUCCUGCGACCUCCCACAGCUCCGAAAGCAGUGGCUCUUCUACGACUUUCUCAGCGCAAACAUGAUGUCCGGCUCCUUCGAUGACUCACUCUUCACCAUCCACCCCCGGCAAACCCACGUGGUCAGCCCGGAGUCACUAAACGGCAACGUCGGCAAUGAAAGCAACCCCGAGGCCUGGAAAAAGACCUCCAGACUACGCAUCGACGGUUUAGGAAUCGACCACCUAAACCGCGGAGUCGAGGGUCCCUUUUCCUGGAUCCAGCAUGGAAACGUGGACAUUGUGGCAGACAUCAUGUUCCCAACGGACGACGAUCUACAAUUCACAAAAGUAGUCCAGCACAUUGUCCAACGAAUGGAAGCAACCGUCUCCCCCUCCCCUUCAUCCUCCAAUCGUCGUGAUCCCCCCUACUCCGACUUACCCAAGACCUCGGAAAACCCCUCCCCCUCCUCCGACCAAAAAUUCGUAAUAAUGGACUUCCGAAUCCAGCUAAACGACGUCCGCGCCGCGGUUCCGCUCUUCAGCAAAGACCUGACAUAUGUCAACAGCGCCCUCAUCCGGCCCAUCGUGGCAUACAUAAAUUCCAGAAGGACCUAUAUCCCCAUCAACUGUCGCGUUAUCAAGCGCGCUAGCGAAUUCGACGGGAGUUGGACUGUUUACGACUCUGGCCUUGUAGAAGAAAUUUCUGCUGAGGUACGUGUUUGUACUUGGCCGGAGGUGGGGUGGGGUGGGGCGGGGGCUAAUUGCAGGGAUAAUAGACCUAUGCUGCGUUCGCGAGAAAUGCUAUAGAUCAUCAAGCGCGGAGAAGGAGGUUUAAGAAGGUGGGGCUUUGGUCAUUACAGCUUGCGGCGCAGGCACUGUUGAUGGCACUGGCGGGAAAUAUAGCUUAGCGAAGCUUUAUCACUCAUAGCUGUCCUGGAGGGUCACUCCAGGAGGACUAGAAUUUAUCUAAAGCAACCCCUAGGUUCUUAUCAAAAGACUAGGAGGCAAAUCCUAUCUACGCGUGGAUUAUCCUAUAUCAUAGCAGCCUAGUUGCUUAGAACUAACCACCUUAUAUUCCGUUUUGUCUUAUCAUUAUGCAUAGCUACUCGGGGCGUUUUUCCCUCUCUCCUUUCUCUUUCUCGAGGCGGUAUGUUUGUUAAUUCUUUCGUUGCAAGGGAGCGGCACCCACGGUACCGGUAGGUAGAAAUGUAAAAUAUGCCUAGGGAAGCGGGGUUAAUUCAAGCUUCAUUAUUAUAAUCU